AAAAGCCGCAUACUCUUUUCCAGGUUUGACCCUCUCCAGCCAGUGGAACCAGUUUCAGUAUGAAUAAUAAACAGGCAAAUUGUCCAAUUUAUGACAACAAAGGGUUCCAGCAUGAUGAAGGAAGACCCCUUCCAUACAAUCCACAGCAGGGGAUAUACCCCUCUCUCCCUCAAGAGACACCCAGCUAUGUUACUGUGACUCCACAGAUCAACACCCACUACACCGUAACACCUGGAACACCACAUAAUACAAGACAAAAGAAAGGAACAAAGAAAUGUCACUGGAAGUAUAUCGUGUGUUCAGCUCUGUGUGUGCUCAUUAUCCUGGCAGUGCUUGGCGUCUUGCUCUGGUACUUCUUAUACUACCAGUGUUUACUGGGUAUGUCAUGUGAAAAGGAUGGGAAGUGUUUGAGCCCCUCCCAGUGGUGCGACGGCGUAAUGGACUGUUCACACGGGGAGGAUGAAUCUGCAUGCUUUCGCUUUUAUGGGAGCAACUUCAUGUUGGAGAGUUACUCAGCAGACAGCCACAUGUGGAUGCCUGUGUGUGCUGAAAACUGGGACAACAUUUACGGGAGAGCUGUGUGUGAGAAUUUAGGCUACAGCAGCCAGGAUUAUGUGUCUUACGGCCAAACCAGUGUAGGUUCUUCAGCCUCCAAAGGAUACAUGAAGCUGAAGCCUGGAAGUAACCAUGGAUUGUAUGUACAGUCACAGCUCACUUACAGCCAAAGUUGUUCAGCCAGCGCUGUCACACUUCAUUGUAUUGACUGUGGAAAGAGUUCAGCAGCCCCCAGUACUCGUAUUGUGGGUGGUAGAGAGGCAGUACUUGGAGCCUGGCCUUGGCAGGUUAGCCUUCAGGUUCUUGGUUCGCACAUUUGUGGAGGCUCUAUCAUCAGCCCUUACUGGAUCCUAUCUGCUGCACACUGCUUUGAAAAGUGAGCUCAAUCUCUGUAUAAUGAUUCUCGCAUGUGGAUAGUAGCCUAUGGGGAUGUCAGCUUGAUGAGCUUAAGUCAUGGCAAAGCAGUUAGGAAAAUCAUCAGGAAUGAAAAGUUUGACAGACAAACCAAUAAUUAUGACAUUGCUCUCCUAAAGCUCAAAACACCUCUAACUUUUACAAGAACAGUGAAGCCAGUGUGUCUUCCCAACACUGGUGUGAACCUCUCUGCAGGACAACGAGCCUGGAUCACAGGCUGGGGAGCCUUAAGAUCAUCUGGGCCAAGCCCUGUCAUACUACAUCAGGCCCAGGUGACCAUUUACUCCAGAGUGACCUGUAACAGGCCUGAGGUGUUAAACGGAGACGUCACAGAGACAAUGAUCUGUGCCGGCAAACUGCAGGGAGGAGUUGACGCAUGCCAGGGUGACAGUGGAGGGCCCCUGGUGGUCAAAGAGGCAGAUAUAUGGUGGCUGGCAGGGGACACUAGCUGGGGGUAUCGCUGUGCUUUGAAGAACAAGCCAGGUGUCUAUGGCAAUGUAACCUACUUUAUUAACUGGAUCUAUGAACAAAUGCAGAAUAAGUGAUGGAACUGUCCACGAACACCAAGACAAACCUCGUUCACUAAUCAGUGGUCCUCAUUUUAUCACACACUUCACAAUUUGAAACUGAAGUUCUGGUGGAGCUGAUUGAUCAGGAAGAUUUUAUUAAACACAAAACAAAGAUUGCACUGAACAAAUCAAACUGAUGUAUCAUUUUAUUAUUUUUUCAA